UUAAAAUAACGCAAACGCUUCUUGAUAGCGUUGAAACAAAGCUUCUUUUGAUAUAAGUAGUCAACUUCAUUUGUUUAAUUUGCUCGCAACUUGCAACCUUCAGUUUAUAGCAAAUUCUCUUCUAAAGUGCAAAACAUGUCUGGCGAGUUGUGUUCGGUGAGGCCUUUGUUUGGUGGCGCUAUUUCCACCGUCUUCCCUCAAAGAUUUCAGGAUGUGAGUAAUAUCCGACAAGUUCCAGAUCAUCAGGAAGUGUUUGUGGAUCCUUCAAGAGAUGAGAGUUUGAUUUUUGAGUUGUUGGAUUUCAAGACUGAGGUUGGUGACAUUGGCAGUGCUUCUUGGUUCCUUAACGAUCUUGCUCGUGAGCAAGAUGCUGAAGGAUUUCAGUUGAUAGAGCAAUCAGAGGUCAUUGAGGCGCCUGGACUGUCUUUCAGAAACAUUCCUGCCAUUGCGACGACUGCUAUUGGAGAGAUGGCUAUAUCCAAAGGAAGACAAGGAAGAGAAGCACAAAACUUAGUGAGAGUAUAUGUGGCAAAUCUUCGUCUUAAGGGAGUUGAUACAGAUGUCUUAGUUACUGCGUAUGAACCAAUCCUGAUAAACCCUCUGAGCAAAAGCGCGGAUGCUGUGGGAUCUGGUUUAGCUGUCCCAGCUUCACAAUCUGGAAUUAUGCCAAUGUGUGAUGUCAUUAAACAAUCACUUUCUACCUUCAAAGUCAAUGACUGGAAUCUUUUCGGUUCCUCAGCUUGAGUCUAUACGAAACGAGAAGACGAUUCAAAGCCUGCCAAGUUGAUGUUGCAAGUCUUGUAGAAGUUUGCUUUGUUUAAGUUUUGAAGUACUUUGAUUUCUUGUAAUUUUAGUUAUUCUUUUGAUCCUAUUAGGUUUAGUAGUUGGAACUUUAUAAAUAGGAUCUUAUUUCCUUAGGCACCUUUGGAUUUGAAUAAAAACAGAGAGUUUUCUUCUCCUUUUUCCUUGAAUCGGUGAAUUCUUUUUCAUUA